GAUCGAGUUGAGAUACAAAGUCGUAUGAUAAUAUAUCAAGAAUAUCAGGCAUGGUGUGAAGCUAAUGGUGAGAAACCAUUUAGUAAUAAUAUAUUAGGUAAAAAAUUUACACAUAUUAACAUUGAAAAUAAACGUGCUGGCGGUGGAAAGAGAGUGUGGCAAUAUAUCCUUGACCAAUCCAAGAUUGUAGCUAAAUUGCGUGAAUCAAUAGGAGUUAUCGAGGAAUUUUCUGACGCACCUCAACCUGAGAUACUCGCCAAUAAAUCCACAGAUAUACCUAUGUUCUACGUACCAGAAAUAAAAUCCCCUGAACCAGAAAAAAAUAUAGCCGAGACAUUAACCACAGAUUGCAUCGAAAAAGGCAAGGAUUUAUCACCCGUACCUAUUCCAGCAGUUACUAAUAUGACCCAGGAUCUCUUUGAUUAUAUAACAGGUCAAUCGGAAUAUUCAGUUGCUUCGUUAUCUAAGACUACUGAUAUAUUCAUGACUCCUGAGAUCGAAUACGUAGAACCCGUGGAUAAUAAAUCAGAACCUUCUUCUAAGAUCAUUAAGGAACCAGAGAUUCGAGGCUAUGCCUCAUCAGUGAAUGAUAAGCCUGAGACCAAUAAUGAAGAAGCUAGCACCCAAUCGAAAACAUAUCUACCUGGAUAUAUACCCCGAGCAGAAAGGAAGGUGCGUUUAAGAGAAACUGCGAUUAAAUAUGGCGAAGACCCAGAUAAGUUCAUGACUAUAACUAAAGAGGAUAGAGACUUAGUGAAGAUAUUCCAAGAUAAAAUGAUGGCAGAUAUGGAUAUAAUCGAUUUUGCGCGAAAAGAUGGGGAUGAUCCAGAGGAAUAUAUAGAAUUGUCCAGGCGAGAAAAAUUGAUAUGUAUGGAGAUUAAGCUUCGGAUGUAUGAAGAUGAUGAUGAAUUCCGAUCAUAUACAUGUAUUUAUGAUGGUGAAGAAUAG